AUGGACUCUAAAUUUGCGUUUGCAUUUCUGCUGUUCUACUUCCUCAUGUCCUCUCAUUCUGUCAUAUCUCAGACAAGUGGUAAAGUUAACAUCGGCGAAUCCCUUGUUACCAUGGAUCAGAAUCUUUCUUGGCUUUCUCCUUCCAAAGAUUUUGCAUUUGGAUUCCGCCAACUAAAUGACAAUGAUGAUUUCUUCUUGCUUGCCAUAUGGUAUUACAAAAUACCUGACGGAGACAUAGUUUGUUAUGCAAAGGGAGGAAACCCUGCACAGAGAGGAUCGAAAGUUGAGCUAACUGCUGACCGUGGGCUAGUACUGAAAGAUCCUCAAGGCACAGAGAUAUGGCAAUCGAAUUUCGGCACAGGUAGAGUCGCGUAUGGUGUGAUGAAUGAUACAGGCAACUUUGUGCUUGUCAAUAUAAACUCUGAAUCUCCAGCAUUAUGGGAGAGCUUUAGCCAUCCAACCGAUACCUUGUUGCCUACUCAGGCAAUGAAGAUAGAAGGGAUUCUUUCUUCUCGGAAAUCAGUAACCAAUUUCUCUCAAGGAAGAUUCCAGUUCAGAUUGCUCAGCGAUGGAAAUGCAGUUCUCAAUCCAAUAAACCUGCCCUCCAAUUACACGUAUGAUGCAUAA